UGAGCUACCGUACGUGCCAAUCGUCGCGGCGGCUCAUGCAUCAGCUCAUAGCCGCCCGCGCUGGGGCUCCGGCUGGUGCCAGCAUACUGGGCAGCCGCUCCUUAUUGCUGUUUCCCCCACAGAUUGUACGUUACUGGUACUGUAGCUGCACUAACAGGGCUGUAAUCCUAGGCCUUUGCCACAAAGUUUGAGCGGGGCACAGAAAAGGCGGCAAUCAGGUCAGGUCCAGUUAAAGCUGGAAAUAGAACGAGCAAUACUUCGUGCUAUCAGGGCGGUCCUUCUUCGUACCGUCAGCUCGUCACCGCUCGAAUUUACACUCUGACAAAAGUUUUCUGGUUCACAUCUUAUGCGCUCGGGGAUUAUUAUGAACGCCAGACACCAAUUCUCAGCCUGUUUCUUGUGUCAGGUCAGCAGAACGUUCCCCACUCAGCAGCAGCUGUACUCCGCGGUUGACGAGAUUGCGAGGAGCAUCGCAGCAAAGUCGCCGCUGGCGGUCGUGGGCACGAAAGCAAUCCUCCUCCACAAAAGAGAUCACAGCGUGAGCGACAGCCUGGACUACGUGGCCACCUGGAACUCCGCGACCCUGAACUCGACCGACCUCAAAGAAGCCAUGCAAGCGCGCCUGGAGAAGCGCUUACCAUCAUAUUCGAAACUGUAA